AUGGCGAAUCCCCGCGGUUUAUUGCAGCAGCUCGAACGAGAGCAGGGCGAUUUGAAGAAAGAGCUCGCGAUUAUUCGCAUCAGCGAGCCAAUCUCUGAUGUCGGCAACACGGAUUUCUCGCCUUCAAAGCGCGGUUCUGACGUGUCAAUUACAAAUCUCAAUGAUCCCACGCCAGCGUCACUCGAGUCCGACCUGACGCACUACAAGGAACUCUUUUCCAAACUACGGUUUUCCUAUCUUGAACAAGUUACCAAGGAAAAGUUCCUCCGCGCCAUUGUGGGGGAUCCGCCGCUCGUGGUCGGACACAAUGAGAAUGUGGAAUUGGAGAACCAGCUGGCCGAGGUCAAAGCCGAACUCAAAUCGCGAAAGGAAGAAGCCCGUCUGAUGAUCGAGGAAAUGGAGACCAUGAGCCGUGAAUUGGCACGCCGCUUCCAAAACGUUGAAAUCCAGAUGGCGCAGCUGUCGUCCCUCCCCGAAGCAAUUGAAAACCUAGAGUCGACAAUUGCAGGAUUGCGCGCAAAGCAGGUCGCCGGUAUGACUACGGCGGAUCCACGCUCCUCGCAGAACCUACCACUACCGGCUACAUUGGCACUUCUCUCGGAGCGAGAGGCAGAGCUCGCCGCAUUAAAUCGCCAGAUUCUCGCCGUCCAGAAUGCACUUCCUCGGAAGACCCGCGAGGCGGAAGCUAUUGAGCGGGAGUGCACCGUUCUUGAACGGCGAAAGACCGAGGCCGUCAAUCAAGCUCGUGAGGCGCAAAGGAAGAAGGAGCAGGGGGAGAGUGAUGGUUUGGAAGAGAUGGGACGGUGGUACAAGGGAGCGGAACAAAUAAUGAAACAGGUCGUGGAGGCCUAG